CUACACCCCAGGUGAGUCCCGGGGUCUCAGGUAAGGCUCCGCGAUGCAGGUAAGACUCCCUCGGCAUAGACAAGGCCUCAACGUCCCCAGGUAAGAGCCCCUCCCCUCCUAGGUGACCCUCCAUCUUCAGCGAGGCCCCCAGCCUUCUCCAGGUGAGGGACCCUUGCCCCAGGUGAACUCCCUGUACCUUAAAGUAAGUCGCCCCUAACCCUCCCCCCGCGGCUCAGAUCCUAAAGACCGUCCAAUUCCUAACCCCACCAUGCAGCCGCUAAACAGAGCACUGACAGAUCAUCUACUCUAAAGCCCCUUCCUCCAGCUUCAAUUGCCAGCUCAGCAGGGGUGUGGCCAGAAGCAAGUGGGUGACUCAUCUUGGGCUCCUCCUAGCCUCAGUUUCCCCACUGGUACAACUUGAGGCCUCUUCAGUGAGUCAAAACUGAGAUGGCUCUGGCCCCUGGAGAGGCUGCUGGCUCUGGGGAGAGGAGACGGCAGCCAAGUGUGACAGAGAGAGUCCCCAUGGCUCUGGGUGUGCCUGCAUGUCCUGACAGUCCACUCGCUCCCUUUCCGGCAGGCACUGGGCUCCCUCUGCUCCCCGUGGGCUGCUCCCCGUGUGGGGCCAUUGCCCCCGGCCCCCGCCAUGGUGCGGAUUUCAAAGCCCAAGACGUUUCAGGCCUACCUGGAUGAUUGUCACCGGAGGUAUAGCUGUGCCCACUGCCGCGCUCACCUGGCCAACCACGACGACCUCAUCUCCAAGUCUUUCCAGGGCAGUCAGGGGCGUGCCUACCUCUUCAAUUCUGUGGUGAACGUUGGCUGUGGGCCAGCCGAGGAGCGGGUGCUGCUGACGGGCCUUCAUGCUGUUGCUGACAUCCACUGCGAGAACUGCAAGACCACUUUGGGCUGGAAAUAUGAACAGGCCUUCGAGAGCAGCCAGAAGUACAAAGAGGGGAAGUACAUCAUUGAACUUAACCACAUGAUCAAAGACAACGGCUGGGACUGACCCGCGCUCUUGCCGCAUGUGGCUCCAGCCCGGCCUGGCCGCCAGGGGGCGCCACUGGCUUUCGAAGGGCGAAAUCCGCUGGAAGGGAGCUCUGGACCCAGACCCCCUGCAGAGGAAGGAUCCAGCUCCUGUACAUAUAUUUUAUUGCAUGCACUGUGACCUUGGGGGAAAAUCAGAAGGUGGACAACACCCCCGCACCGCCCUGCGAUCUGGCUGGCUUGGAUCUCGUUUUUUAACCUAUUCCUGCCCCGCCUAUCCUAUAGAUAUGACCCGUGUGCUGCUCUCUUAGCCCCAGUGCACCAUCUGCCCUGUGAACGCCUUCCACCGGGCCACUCUCACCGCACUCGUGUCUGCUCCCCUUGUUCUGUAGCGUUUGUACAUAAUAAAGCGAUGGAGUGGAGACAG